AUGGCUGCUGCAGUCCAAAACAUUUUCAUCCCCACCAUAACCAUUCUUCUGCUGCUGUGUUCAGGCCGUUCGCUGUCUGCCAACGAUAAUGCUCUCACUCCAGGCGGCCCCGCCGUCAGUUCCUCCUUCAGCCUCGUCUCCCCAAACGGCCUCUUCACUUUGGGUUUCCGUCGGGUAUCCAGCGACAACUACUUAGUGAUCUGCUACAAAAAUGACACAAACAGCUUCUUCUGGGUAGCCAACCGGGAAUUCCCCAUAAGGGACGACUCCGGAGCCCUCUCCCUCGACGGAAACGGAACGCUGAAGCUCACAUACUCCGGCGCCGCCGCCGCCAUCGAGCUCUACACCUCCCCUUCCAACCGGGGGAGAUCGACAGCGGUGCUCGACGACACGGGCAAUUUCGCUCUGAGGGACGAUGGUUCUGGAGAAGCGCUGUGGCAGAGUUUCGACCACCCCGCCGAUUCGUGGCUCCUCGGGGCGAAAUUGGGGGUGGUCAACGGCGGCCGUCAAAACCGGAGGCUGACGUCAUGGCUGACCAGUUUCGUGCCUUCCCCUGGGGCCUUCGCUCUGGAGUGGGAUCCGGCGAGGGAGGAGCUGGUGAUGACGCGGCGGGGAGUGGUGUUGUGGACCAGCGGCAAGCAAUUGGCGGCCGACCGGUUCCAGAAUCUGGAUCUGAGCUUCAUGACGCUGGGUUUCAACCUGACUCGCACCCGCGCCUCGGGCGAGGAUUACUUGACCUUCGCAGCCACCACCACCGACAGAAGCCACCGGUCGGAGCGGAAUUUCACGAUCUGGCGGCUGGGGUACGACGGGGGCAUCCAGGACCAGAGCUUCGGCGGCAGUCCCGUACUGUCCAACGACCACUGUGAUUGGAACACCACGGCGGAUGGGUGCCGGAGGCUGGCGGGACCGGCGUGUCGCCGGCAGAGGGACGGAGAAUUUCUCGGAUUCCAGCGGGUUGUGGUCGACAGAAAUAGCCCCCGCGUCAGGGUGGAGAACAAUGGCAGCCUCAGUUUCAGCGAUUGCCAGGACACGUGCUGGCGGGAGUGUAAAUGUGGUGGCACCACCGUGGAUGGCAGCAAUGGUAAUGGUACCGGAUGCGUUUUUCUUUACGGCAAAUUCGAAUUCGCGGAUUAUGACGAUCAGGAAGCAGAAAUGUGCGGUGUCAUUCUUGACAAAGAUUAUGGAACAUCCAAUUCCGGCGCUGGCGCUUCAGCCCGCCGGAGGAAGAAGUGGAUCAUAGGGGGCUCGGUUGCUGCAGCGGGAGGGGCACUUCUUCUCUUGAUGCUCGCCGUCGUCAUUUGCAUUCUUCGCCGCCGGAGAAGGCGAAAGCUCAGAGCAGAGAGGCUCCUAACAGAGUUGAUAGCAUCUGACGCACAAGCUGCUAAUAUGGACGAAAUGGAGCACGAUGGUGAUCGUGGCCACCAGUUGAAAGUUUAUGGCGUGGCGGUAAUCAUUACUGCUACGAAUAAUUUCUCUCUGCAAAAUAAACUCGGACAAGGAGGUUUUGGACCGGUAUACAAGGGAAAGUUGUCAGAAGGACGAGAAAUAGCUAUAAAGAGGUUGUCAAAAAGAUCCGGUCAAGGCUCGCUGGAGUUCAAAAAUGAGCUCGUACUCAUAGCCAAAUUACAGCAUAGAAAUCUUGUGAGACUUUUAGGUUGCUGCAUUCACGAGGAAGAGAAGAUGUUGGUGUAUGAAUACAUGCCCAAUAAAAGUCUCGAUUCUUUUAUCUUUGACAAUGCGAAGAAGUCACUUUUAGAUUGGAAUAAACGUUUCAACAUCACUGAAGGAAUAGCUCAAGGACUGUUAUACCUUCACAAGUAUUCGAGAGUGAGAAUCGUGCAUAGAGAUUUGAAAGCCGGUAAUAUAUUAUUAGACGAAAAUCUAAAUCCAAAAAUCUCAGAUUUUGGAAUGGCACGCAUUUUCGAAACAAACGCAUUGGAAGCUAACACAAAUAGAGUCGUUGGAACAUAUGGCUAUAUGUCUCCGGAGUACGCCAUGAACGGCAAUUUCUCCAUAAAAUCUGAUGUCUUUAGUUACGGAGUUCUGUUGUUGGAAAUUUUGAGUGGUAGGAAGAACCACGGCCUCAUUCAACUGGACCCUCCUAUCAACCUCGUGGGAUAUGUAAGCUUCAAGCUUUUUUCUUCUUCUUCUUCUUGCUAG